UCAUGCUACACCAUCCACAACCACAGCCACAGAGCAGCAAGCACACAAGCAAGAAACACGAUCGAGAAGCUGCCAGCCAGCCAUGGAGGCCAUGUCAUACAUAGCCGUGCUCCUACUCCUCUCCUGCUCGCUCACGGCGGCGACGGCGCCGGCCGGCACGAUCGAGCGCGUGUCCAAGCAGCAGAUCCUGGCGAGCAUCCCACCAGGAGGGCACGCCAGCCCGCCCGUGCUGUUCCUCACGUCUCCGUCCGGCAAGUACGCGGCCUACUUCGUGCGCACCCACACCGCGCCUGGCGCCGGCGGGCUCGGCGCCGACUUCUGCUACGUCGAGGUGAUGGCCGGUGGUGAGGGCGAAGGCGGCGGCAGCGCUGCCCGCGCGAGCGCGUGGGAGUCGGAGUGCCGGCCGGUGAGCACGGUGAACACGUGCACCCUGCUCUUCUCGUGGCACGGGCUGGAGGUGUUCGACGGGGCCGAGGAGGUGUGGCACGGCGAGACCAACACCGACGGGACCAACUUCCUCCAGACGCUCGAGCUCGUCGACGACGGCGACAUGCGCGUCCGCGACAAGGACGGCGAGCUCGCGUGGCGCGCCAGCGACGAGCCCCGCCACGCGCAGCACUGCGGCGCGCCGGGGUCCCCGGGCCUCGCGGCCGCGCUGCCGCCCUUCGCCGAGCCCAUUGGCGCGCACAGCAGCAACCUGCCCUUCGGCCAGGUGGAGGGCGGCAACGGCCACGCGGCCGAGCUGCCGCAGGCGGCGCAGCUCGGGGACGGGGUUGCUCCAGGGGCCGGAGCCUUUGCCGGCGUAGGAGAAGUUGCCCCGGGAGCAGGCGGCUUGGGCGACGGGUACGGCUACGGCAUUGCACCAACGGCGGGAAGCGGCGGAGAGGGUGCCGCGGGGGCAGGACCCUUGGGUGACGGCUACGGGAUUGCACCGGGCGCCGGGACAGGAGCCUUCGAUGGUACCGGGGACAUGGGCGGACAGGGUGAAGCCGCGACGGCGGCGGGGGCUGCGGGCGGUGUGGCCGGAGCGGCAGCGUUCGGCAGCCAGCCGCUGGUGGACAACAGCCCGUACGACAGCGGAGCCUACAAGGGCAGCCGUGGGGGCCGUCUGGCAGCGAUUGGAACCGUGGUUUUGGUCGGUGCCAUUGCCGUGGGUUUCUGAUCAGGAAGACGAAUCAAUGGCGAAAGCGCGGGCAACAUCUAUAAUGCAAUGCAAUCGUGUUUCUUAAGGAGUUGUGAAGCUGUGACAUAUGCAUCUAUUACUUGUUAAUUAUGUAAUUUGUGUACUACAAUUGUAUCAAAGUCAAUACAAUUUGAUAAAAUCAAAUUGUAUAAUUUGACAUUUUGUUCUCUA